UAUCUAUCUAUAUUCAUUCACCCAACAUAUAAUUAUAUCUCCACCUCUCAUCACAUCACCAACAAUGGGACGGUUGUGGAGGAUGAUUUGGGUGGUGGUAAUGGUAAUAGUAAUGGUGGCGCCCUCGUCGUGGGUUAGUUGGAACGGUGGCGGAGGUGUUGAGUGUAGAAAAACAGUUAGGAUGUUGGAAUCAGCCAGUUUCGACUACCCGGCCAUGAGUUGCAGGUCUCACAGCGCCUCCAUACUCGACUACGGGGGCGUUGGCGACGGCAAGACUCUCAACACAAAGGCGUUUCAAGACGCUGUCAAUGAUCUCAGCCAAUACGCGUCUCAAGGAGGUGCUCAGCUCUUUGUUCCCUCCGGCAGAUGGUUAACUGGUCCCUUCAAUCUCACCAGCUUUUUUUCUCUCUUUCUCCACAAAGAUGCUGUUCUUGUUGCUUCUCAGGAUAUAAAUGAAUGGUCUGUGAUCGAUCCUUUGCCAUCCUAUGGCCGAGGAAGAGACGCUGUUGGAGGACGAUACAUUAGUCUUAUAUUCGGGACUAAUCUCACUGACGUUGUUAUAACAGGUGACAAUGGCACUAUUGACGGUCAGGGUGCACUUUGGUGGCAGAAAUUUCACGGCAAGAAGCUAAAAUACACCCGGCCUUACUUGAUUGAAAUCAUGUAUUCUGAAAAUAUUCAGAUUUCGAAUCUAACCCUUCUAAACUCUCCUUCCUGGAACGUCCAUCCAGUUUACAGUAGCAACAUUAUAAUACAAGCCAUCACAAUUAUAGCUCCGGUCACGUCCCCAAACACGGAUGGAAUCAAUCCCGAUUCGUGCACCAACACGAGAAUCGAGGACUGUUACAUUGUCUCAGGCGACGACUGUGUCGCCGUCAAGAGCGGUUGGGACGAAUACGGCAUAGCUUUCGCAAUGCCAACAAAACAGCUCAUCAUACGUCGUCUCACAUGCAUCUCCCCUUACAGCGCCACUGUCGCAUUGGGGAGCGAGAUGUCAGGCGGGAUCGAAGACGUUAGAAUCGAGGACGUCUACGCGCUCAACACCGAGUCGGGAAUCAGGAUCAAGACGGCUGUUGGGCGGGGUGGUUACGUUAGAAACGUGUACGUCAAAGGAAUGACUCUGCACACCAUGAAAUGGGCUUUUUGGAUGACGGGUAACUACGGGUCUCAUGCAGACACCCAUUACGAUCCCAACGCACUACCGGUCAUCCAAGGGAUUAAUUACCGCGACGUGGUGGCGGUUAACGUCACGACGGCUGCUAGGCUGGAGGGAAUCUCCGGCGAUCCCUUCACCGGAAUCUGCAUCUCGAAUGUUACAAUAAGUAUGAGAAAGACAAAGAAGGCGCCUUGGACAUGCACUGAUAUUGAAGGGAUCACUAGUGGUGUUAGUCCAACACCUUGCGCCUUAUUGCCGGAUCAAGGACCGGAUAAAGCUGUUGAUAUCUGCAAUUUCCCACAAGAAUCUCUACCCAUUGAGAAUCUGCAGCUUCAGACAUGUUCUUAUUCACAUUUAACCUAGUUUUACCCAAUCUAUCACAAUGUCAUGUUCUUAAAUCCUGUAAUAAUCUUAGCAUCCAAGAAAAUAUCAAUCCUAUUUGAUUCAGCUUAA